AUGUGGCCGCAGCAAGAGCCUCCGGCGGGCCUCCGGCGGACGCCUAGCGGCGUGGCGCUGCGCGCCGGCCUGCGGCCUCUGAAGAAGUGUCACACUGUGUCACCUCGCCGCGAAGUGUGUCACCAUAAGCAUAACCGCUUUCACGCUUGGGCGCAGAGCUCCGCGCAGAAAGCCGCGGCCAAGAGCCGCCUCUCCUCCUCCUCCAGCCUCAACCUCGACGGCUCCGACGAUGAUGAGGACGCCGGCCAGAAGGAUGCGCCGGCGGCCAUCAAGCCGGCCAAGGGCGGCGCCGGCGGCAACAACUCGUCCCUCUGCCUGGUCUCGCUCGACGGCAGCCGCGCGCGCGUCGAGGCCGUCUUCAGCGACUUUGUGCAGCUCUCCGCGCCGCACGUCUCCAUCUUUGAGAUGGAGCAGGUGCAGGACGGCGAGCUGGGCGCGCACUUCUUCGACGACGUCGACGACGCGAACUCGGUCCUCGACUCGGACGCCGAAGAGGAGAUGGCGCCGCUCAAGGAGCGGCGCGGCGGCGGCAAGAUGGCCGCGUCCAAAAAGGGCAAGGGCGCGGCGGCAGACGGACGGAGGGGCCGCCGACCGCUCCGCGCUGUGCUGACGGGUGGGCCUUGCUCCUUCUAG